CACCGGCGGCACCGGCGGCGCGGGGAUGGCGAGCGGGGGCUGCCGGGGACCACCGGGGCUGUGCCCGUGGCUACCGAGACUGCCCCGGGGGCUACCGUGGGUGUCCCCGUGGCUACCGGAGCUGUUCUUGUGGCUACCGGAGCUGUUCUUGUGGCUACCGGGGCUCUGCCGGUGGCUACUGGGGCUGUCCUUGUGGCUACCGGCGCUGUCCCUGUGGCUACCGGGGCUCUCCCCGUGGCUACCGGGGCUCUCCCCGUGGCUACCGGGGCUCUCCCCGUGGCCACCGGCGGCCGCCGCGUUCAACCUGGACGGGAGCAGCCCGGUGCUGAAGGACGGCGAGCGGGGCAGCCUCUUCGGGGCGGCCGUGGCGCUGCACCGGCAGCUGAGCCCCGAGCCCCGGGCGUGGCUGCUGGUGGGAGCCCCCCUGGCGCUGGCGCUGCCCGGCCAGGGCGCCAACCGCACCGGGGGUCUCUUCGCCUGCCCGCUGACCACCGAGCUCUCCGACUGCUGGCGGGUGCCCAUCGAUGAGGGAGCCGACCCGGAGCGCGAGAGCAAAGAGAACCAGUGGCUGGGGGUGAGCGUCAAGAGCCAAGGGCCGGGCGGCAAGGUCGUGACGUGCGCGCACCGCUACGAGCUGCGGCACCGCGUGCGGCAGCCGCUGGAGACGCGCGACGCCAUCGGGCGCUGCUUCGUGCUCAGCCAGGACCUGCGCCCGCGCGACGAGCUGGACGGCGGCGAGUGGAAGUUCUGCGAGGGCAGAGCCCCCGGGCACGAGCGCUUCGGCACCUGCCAGCAGGGCCUGGCGGCCGCCUUCAGCCCCGACCGCCGCUACGUGCUGCUGGGGGCCCCCGGCACCUACAACUGGAAGGGCACCGUGCGCCUGGAGCAGCUCCGGCAGAGCUCCCUGGACCUGCUGCUCCCGGACUCCGGCCCGUUCGAGGCGGGGGGCGAGAAGGAGCAGGACCCCUCCCUGAUCCCCCUGCCCGCCAACAGCUACCUCGGGCUGCUCUUUGUGACAAACAUUGAGAGCGCGACCCCCGACCAGAGGGUCUUCAGGACCCCCGAGCCCGGAGAGAGGGUCCCGGGAGCGGCCGCGGACGUGGGGCACAAUUCCUACCUGGGGUUCUCGGUGGACGCGGGCGCGGGGCUGACGCGGCGGCACGAGCUGAGCUUUGUCACGGGCGCGCCCCGCGCCAACCACACGGGCGCCGUGCUGAUCCUGCGGCGCGGCAGCGCCAGCCGGCUGCUGGCCGAGGCCGUGCUGGGCGGCCCGCAGCUGAGCUCGGCCUUCGGCCACGCGCUGGCCCUGCUGGACCUCAACAGCGACGGGUGCGGGGCCGGCCACGGUGGCACUGCCACUGCCACCUGGUCACUGCGUCACUGUCACUGUGUCACUGUGUCAGUCUGGUUCUCGGUGGACGCGGGCGCGGGGCUGACGCGGCGGCACGAGCUGAGCUUUGUCACGGGCGCGCCCCGCGCCAACCACACGGGCGCCGUGCUGAUCCUGCGGCGCGGCAGCGCCAGCCGGCUGCUGGCCGAGGCCGUGCUGGGCGGCCCGCAGCUGAGCUCGGCCUUCGGCCACGCGCUGGCCCUGCUGGACCUCAACAGCGACGGGUGCGGGGCCGGCCACGACUUGGCCGUGGGGGCUCCUUUCGACGGCGCGGGCAAAGUUUUCAUUUACCACGGCAGCGCCCUGGGCAUCGUCACCCGCCCGGCGCAGGUCCUGGACGGGGAGGCCGUGGGGGUCUCGGCCUUUGGCUACUCGCUCUCGGGGGGGCUGGACGUGGACGGGAACCUGCACCCCGACCUGCUCGUGGGGUCCCUGUCGGACACCGUGGUGCUCUACAGGGCGCGGCCGGUGGUGCACGUGUCCCGGAACGUGUCCGUGCAGCCGCCGCUCAUCGACCUGGAGCAGAGCAACUGCGGCGACGGCCGCGGCGUCUGGUGGGUGCCACCGUGCCAUCCUUGGGUCCCCUCCCCAUCCUUGGGACCCCUCCCCAUCCUUUGGCUGCAGCUGCUGCUGGAGGCGGACGCGGAGCGCCGGGCGCGGGGGCUGCAGCCGCGGGGGUCGUUCCCGGCGCGGGGCCCGGCGCAGCCCGAGCACCGGCUGGGGGCGCGCCUGGAGCUGCCGCGGCCGCGGGAGCGGCGCUGCGUGCCCGCCGCCUUCCGCCUGCAAGACGACAUCCGGGACAAGCUGCGCCCGCUGGAGGUGACGCUGGCCUUCGCCAUCGCGGGGACGCGCGGGUGGCACCGGGGGGACCCGGGGACGGCGCUGCCACCCCUGGAGCCCGCGCUGAGCCCGCGCCAGCCCAGCACGCUGCGCACCGAGGUGCAUUUCCUGCGCCAGGGCUGCGGCGAUGACAAAAUCUGCCAGAGCCACCUGGAGCUGCGGCCGCGCUUCUGCGCCCGCCUGGGCGACAGCGACUUCGUGCCCCUGCCGCGGGACGAGGAUGGCACUGCCAUCUUCGCCGUGAGUGACCAGCGGGACGUGGCGCUGGAGGUGCUGGUGACCAACGAGCCCUCGGACCCCGCGCAGCCGCAGCGCGACGGGGACGAUGCCCACCAGGCCCUGCUCGUGGGCACCUUCCCCCCGGAGCUGCCCUACGCCGCCGUGAGGGCCGAGGAGCCCGCGGGCACCGCCGUACGGACACGGGGACAGGGACACGGACAGAGGGACAGGGACACAGGGACAGGGCCCCCCACCAUCCCAGGUGGCGCCCACCUGCCCCUCCCCCAGGUGCGGCUCUUCCUCAUCCUCAGCACCUCGGGCAUCUCCAUCCACACCACGGAGCUGGAGGUGCAGCUGGAGCUGUCCACGACCAGCGAGCAGCCGGGGCUGCGGCCGGUGGUCGCCCGCGCCCGCGUGGUCAUCGAGCUGCCCCUGGCCGUGAGCGGCGUGGCCGUGCCCCCCCGGCUGUUUUUUGGGGGGCAGGUGGUGGGGGAGAGCGCGGUGAAGAGGGAGAGCCAGGUGGGCAGCGCCGUCCGCUUCGAGGUCACGGUGAGAGACCCCCCGAAACGAGACCCCUCCCCAAAAGAGAGACACACCCCGCAAAACAGACACACCCCAAACAGAGAUCCGCCAAAACAGACACACCCCCAAAAUAGAGAUCCCCAAAAGGACCCCAAAAACAGAGACCCCAAAACAGAGACCCUAAAAUACGAGCAGCCGGGGCUGCGGCCGGUGGUCGCCCGCGCCCGCGUGGUCAUCGAGCUGCCCCUGGCCGUGAGCGGCGUGGCCGUGCCCCCCCGGCUGUUUUUUGGGGGGCAGGUGGUGGGGGAGAGCGCGGUGAAGAGGGAGAGCCAGGUGGGCAGCGCCGUCCGCUUCGAGGUCACGGUGAGAGACCCCCCGAAACGAGACCCCUCCCCACCCCGGGCUGGUUUGCCGGGCCAGGGGGAGCCCCCCGAGGAGCCCCCGGCCCGCUCGUGGUGGGUGCCCGCGGGGAGGAGGAGGAGGAACGUGACCCUGGACUGUGCCCGGGGCACGGCGCGCUGCCGCCCGUUCCGGUGCGCGCUGCCGUCGCUGGGGCGCUCGGAGCUGCGGGCGCGGGGCCGCCUCUGGAACGGGACCUUCCUGGAGGAGUUCCUGGACGUGGAGAACCUGGAGCUGGUCGUGCGCGCCGAGGUCUCGGUCGCCUCCCCCGGGGGCAACGUGGUCAUCAAGGACGCGGUGGCACAGGUGGGGACAUCUGGGGACAUCGGGGGACACCCCUGGGGACAU